CUGCCCCAGCCGUCUCUGCUGCCUUUUGUCGGACCCGCGCUCCGGGGGGAGUCGUAGUCGCCGUCGUCGUCGCCACGAAUCGUGUGUGCGACAAACGCACCGGGGACGCACGCUUGCGCUCUGCGGGCACCACAGCGGGGACCACCGAGGCGGCCGGGCCGGUGCAGCGCCAAGGACAAAAGGAGCGCGCGCAGCAUGAGGAAGGCCGAGAUGGGCAGGUUCAGCAUCUCCCCGGACGAGGACAGCAGCAGCUACAGCUCCAACAGCGACUUCAACUACUCGUACCCCACCAAGCAGGCGGCCAUGAAGAGCCAUUACGCGGACGUAGAUCCCGAAAACCAGAACUUUUUGCUGGAGUCGAAUUUGGGCAAGAAGAAAUACGAAACUGACUUUCAUCCAGGUACUACUUCCUUUGGAAUGUCAGUAUUUAAUCUGAGCAAUGCGAUUGUGGGCAGUGGAAUCCUUGGGCUUUCUUAUGCCAUGGCUAAUACUGGAAUUGCUCUGUUUAUAAUUCUGUUGACAUUUGUGUCAAUCUUUUCCCUGUACUCUGUUCAUCUUCUUCUGAAGACUGCCAAUGAAGGAGGGUCUUUGCUGUACGAGCAGUUGGGACACAAGGCGUUCGGACUGGUGGGGAAGCUGGCCGCCUCCGGGUCCAUCACCAUGCAGAACAUCGGCGCGAUGUCAAGCUACCUCUUCAUAGUGAAAUAUGAGUUACCUUUGGUGAUCCAGGCAUUAAUGAACAUUGAAGAUACAACUGGAUUGUGGUACCUGAACGGCGACUACCUGGUCCUGCUGGUGUCGCUGGUGCUCAUUCUCCCUCUGUCACUGCUGAGGAACUUGGGAUAUCUGGGAUAUACCAGUGGCCUUUCUUUGUUGUGCAUGAUGUUCUUUCUAAUUGUGGUGAUCUGCAAGAAAUUCCAGAUUCCUUGUCCCGUGGAGAUGGCGCUGAUGCUUAACGAGACUGUGAAUGGCACCUUGCUGCAGCCGGCAGCCUUUGCACGUGGCUCGGCGGUCAACGAGACUCUCCAUGAGUCCUGCAAGCCGCGUUACUUCAUCUUCAACUCCCAGACUGUCUAUGCCGUGCCAAUCCUGACCUUUUCGUUCGUCUGCCACCCUGCUGUUCUCCCCAUCUACGAGGAACUGAGAGGCCGUAGCCGGAGGAGGAUGAUGAACGUGUCCAAGAUCUCGUUUUUCGCCAUGUUUCUCAUGUACCUGCUUGCUGCUCUCUUUGGAUACCUGACAUUUUACGAACAUGUGGAGUCGGAGCUGCUUCACACCUACUCCACCGUCAUGGAGACCGACGUGCUGCUGCUCAUUGUCCGACUGGCUGUGCUGGUAGCUGUCACCCUCACCGUGCCAGUGGUCAUCUUCCCGAUCCGGAGUUCCAUCACCCACUUGCUGUGUGCAGCCAAAGAUUUCAGUUGGUGGCGUCACAGUCUCAUCACUGUGUCUAUCUUGGCAUUUACCAAUUUGCUGGUCAUCUUUGUCCCGACAAUUAGGGAUAUCUUUGGUUUCAUUGGUGCAUCUGCAGCCGCCAUGUUGAUCUUCAUCCUCCCGUCUGCCUUCUACAUCAAGUUAGUGAAGAAGGAGCCCAUGGCAUCUGUGCAGAAGAUCGGGGCGCUGCUCUUCCUGCUGAGCGGCGUGGUGGUGAUGGCGGGCAGCAUGGCGCUCAUCGUCCUGGACUGGGUGGACAACGCCUCCACGGGGGGCCACUAGUGACACCGCGCCCCGAGCCCCGACGCCAGUGUUGAGUCUUCUCGACUGCGAAGUCUCACGGAUGUGUUCAGUUUCACUUCCUUCGAAGUGCAGAUUCCUCGCGCGUUCUUCUGAGUGCAGAAUAAGUGAACUUUUUUUUUUUUUUUUUUAAAGGAAACUUAUCUGUGUGUUAGAAAUGGAUAUUCACAGCAAAACCACGAGUCUCGGGUUAAGGGAAGUGACAAUUUUAUUCCAUUCCAGAGAAUGGACAAACUCUUAACUUUUAUCAAGCCACAUGUUUGGCUGUGUCAUUGUUUUAACUUGGAUAUUUUAUGCUUUUACUUGAAUGUGCCUAAUGGAAUCAUUCGAUGUGAGAAACAAUUCUUAAUUUACUGCAAAGUAUUGGAAUAACCAUUGAGGAAAAACACUAUUAUUUUUUGUACCAAAAAUACUUAAAGACCUCAGAAGCACUAUUUUACUUUGAAGAAAUUGCUUUUCUUGGACUUGAUCCAGAAACGGUUGUCAGUGAACUCCGGACAAAACAAUUUCACUGAUAUUUAAAACAGAUAGUGAUAUGAAAUGAUUUGCCUUUUUGUAGGCAUAAUAAGCCAAAUGCUUUUUUACCCAAAUUACCUUUGAGAGAUGAUGCAAUGAAAGAUUGCACCACGAGUUAGGAGGGUGGUGUCCUCCCGCUGAAGCCUCACCUGACUUGGAGGGCGAUGGGUCGGGGUCGGCUCCUGCUACGCCGGCUCUGGUGAGCUGCCGUGUUCAUCGCUUCUCUGUCCCCAAACAAUUUGGCUCAUUGACUCUGAAGUGUUCAGUUCUCCAACCUCUGAAUGGGAGGUAAUGCGGAUAUUUCUGUGAGAAAUAGUAAUUUUGUGUUGCAGAUCAUACAGUUGGGUCAGACAGGGUUGAUUCAGCCGCAUCUGAUGGCAGCGCCGUGCUGACAGCCCUGGGUCCUUGCUUUGGGCCCGCCCCUUUUGGACAUUGCUUCCAGCAGUGAAGAAUGGGCAUUUGGUGGCACGAAGCCAGAGCACAGCUUUGCGAAAUGCUCGUCUCCUGGAAGUGCGAUUACUUGACAAUGUGUGGCUUGGUUGUGUUCGUGUUCUGUCUGGUAGAGGUCUCUUCCACAGGUCACCCCGAUACUGGUGUAGUAGAAGCUCUCUUUGUGGAGGCCACUGGCUUCCUCGUGCCGUAAGCUUCUUAAAAACCUCCUUUGCACUGGAUUGUCAUCUCAUUCUUGUACAACGUGGAAUUCCCUGUUUACGUCCAGCGAGUGGUCAGCGAGGGGAGCAGUGGGCAUGGGCGUGCACUGCUGCGGUCCGGCGCGCGCCCGCCCUGCCGUGCAGCCCCUUUAGAGGUGAAAGCGUCACUCUGAAACUCGGCGUUAAGAGCACACUCAUUGUACGUUGCGGUGUAUGGUGACUAUUAUUAAGUAACGUGGUACUUUGCUCAUCAGGCAUAAUGUCUAACAUGCAUAAUUCCAUCAAGUGGUUGAGGGAAACAAAUAAUGGAUUCUUCAGUUGGUCAUCUGGCUCCAAGGUUUUCUCUUGAACUAAGCAUUUUUGGCUUCAGGCCAGGGCCAGAAAGGGCAGACAUGGUUUUGUUACACAUUCUUUGAUUUUCUGUACUCUGUGACUGAGUGUACAGGCCAGGCGAGUCUGUAAUUAGAACCUUACAGACCUGGGAGACAUCGUGUAGUGCUGUGUUGAGGGAAACGGUGGUCCAGUGUUGUCAGUUUCUGUGAAGACACAAUCAUCAGGGACAGCCUGGAAACAGCGCUGCUGGCAUUUAACCGGGCUUCGGGCGCACCGAUCACAUCCACCACCUCCCCACCCGCUCAGGCUGAGAUUGGCGCUUCUGCUUGAGUGGCUGAUUCUGUGACUGAGAACCUGAGCUGUUCUGUGUGGGAGGAAGCACCCUGGCACCCAGCAGGGAAAAGGAAUCCGGGCUGUUGCAGCUGGGAGUCGCCUGCCUGGGGACAUCGCGCUGCGUCACUCCUCCGCCUUGAGGCCCUAACAGUGCAUCCCGAGAGUGAGCGGUCUUCAGUAUUAGAACCACUGUCUCAUCACCUCAUUUUGCAUUACUGUCUUCCGUGGGUGUUUCAGUUAUAACUGUAAUGUUAUUUAUAGAACAGCAUUAAUCCAUGAAAGCUAACCUAUUUUUCAAUAUUUAUGAUAUCUGUACAUACAUUGUCUGUCCAUAUGUAUUUGUAAAUAGGCUGUAUAUAAUGUCAGGUGGGGUCUUGGGUUCAAGUGUAUAUAGUCCUGUGCAUUUCUUAACUGCAUUUUGAUGGAUUCCCAUUAUAUAUAUCUGUAAGAAUUGUCCCCAUAGAACAUGUACAGAGAAUUCAGUGUAAAAGCAGGCAAACUGUAUGCAGACCCCAAACAUUGAGGAUACUUGUUUAAAUUGUAUUUGCAGUAAACUGGCUGGCCAUCAAAUCUUUAACUGAAAACCUGGUGCAAGUUCAGGCCCCUUAUUUGAAUUUUAAAUAAAGUCUAAAUCUUCAAAAUGCAGCAGUUUUACAAUGUGAUCUAGCGCAGUGAAACCACAUGUGAUUAGCGUGAUGCAGGCCUUCAAGAACCUGGCUGUGCUGAAGGCGUGUACAUAGAUGUAAAUAGCUCCGCUGUGCGUCAGGCCGGCAGCUCCAGAGCGGCUGGUUGGCCGGGAGUGCUGCACCGUUUCAAUGAAACAAUGGAUGUUUGUUGUAACUGAACUAAAAUAAAUACGUGCUUACUCCUCA